AAUCGAUUUCUCUCUCCACCCCGCCAAGAAAGAAGAAACGACACCUCCUCUCACACACAACACACACUGUCCACAGAAGGAUUCAACGGCUCCGAAAACGUAGGCUUCUCAGAAGAUAAUGCCGCCCUUCUCCACAAACCCGUUCCCAUUCCACGCACCCUGCGUGAAACCCCCAUCCGACGGUCACUUUUAUCGCCAUUGGAACAAUACACUCUUUUCACGAUUCAAAACCCAAAAACUCAACGCCCGCGCCCGUCCGUCCGAUUCACCGGAGUUGUUUUUUUUUUUUUUUGGUUUUGCCUUUCCGUGUUCGUCGCACGCCGUCGUGUCUCGAUAUUACGGCGGAGCCCGUUUGAAGAUUUGGAACCUUUAUGAUAAAAGAGGUGGCUCGUGGGGUGGAUUUACGGAAAUCGCGUUCAAGAAUGGGAUCAAGAAUUGAAAUAAGUGGUUUUUCCCGUGAUCAGAUGUAGUCUAAGUUUUUGAUCUCUUGAAUCAAGAUGGCCACCCCAGUCAAUAUCGUUGAAGGUUCUUAUGUUUGGGUUGAAGACCCAGAAGUUACUUGGAUUGAUGGGCAAGUGGAAGAGAUCAAAGGAGAUGAAGCCGAGGUCCGGAUAUCCGAUGAAAAGAAGGUUGUUGCUAAUUUAUCCAAAAUAUACCCUAAAGAUGUGGAUUCUCCUGCUGAUGGGGUAGAUGACAUGACCAAACUAUCUUAUUUGCAUGAACCAGGGGUUCUGCAAAACUUGGCAACAAGAUACCAGCUCAAUAAGAUCUAUACUUAUACUGGGAGCAUUCUUAUUGCCAUCAAUCCAUUUCAAAGACUUCCUGACUUGUAUGAUCCCCAGAUGAUGGAAAAAUAUAAGGAAGCACCACUUGGAGAACUGAGCCCUCAUGUGUUUGCCAUUGCAGAUGCUGCUUACAGGGCAAUGAUAAAUGAAGGAAAAAGUAACUCAAUACUGGUAAGCGGAGAAAGUGGUGCUGGUAAGACUGAAACUACUAAGAUGCUUAUGCAAUACCUUGCGUAUUUGGGUGGCCGUAAAGAGGUUGAAGGGAGAUCGGUAGAACAACAAGUACUUGAGUCAAAUCCAGUCCUUGAAGCAUUUGGAAAUGCAAAAACUGUCAGAAAUAACAAUUCAAGCCGGUUCGGUAAAUUUGUUGAAAUUCAGUUUGACAAGCUUGGAAGAAUAUCAGGGGCAGCCAUUAGAACGUAUCUUCUUGAGAGAUCUCGUGUCUGCCAGAUUUCAGAUCCUGAACGCAAUUAUCACUGUUUCUACCUUCUCUGUGCAGCUCCACAGAAGGAAAUUGAGAAGUAUAAGCUGGGACAUCCAAAAACAUUUCACUAUCUUAAUCAAUCUAAUUGCUAUGAACUAGAUGACGUGAGUGAUGCUCAUGAUUAUUUGGCGACAAGGAAGGCCAUGGAUAUUGUUGGUAUAAGUCAAAAUGAGCAGGAGGCGAUUUUCAGAACAGUUGCAGCUAUUCUUCAUCUUGGUAAUGUUAAAUUUUCUAAGGCGGAAGACAAUGAUUCAUCAGUUCUAGAGAAUGACGAAUCAAACUUCCACCUUCAGACUGCAGCAGAGCUUCUCAUGUGUGAUCCUAAUGCACUGGAAGCUGCAUUACUGAACCGUGUGAUGGUCACUCCAGAAGAAGUUAUCAAAAGAAGUCUUGAUCCUAAUGGUGCUGCAGUUAGUAGGGAUGGGUUAGCUAAAACAAUAUAUUCUCGCUUGUUUGAGUGGUUGGUAAACAAAAUAAAUUCCUCGAUCGGGCAAGAUCCAAAUUCAAAAUGUCUUAUUGGGGUUCUUGAUAUAUAUGGUUUUGAAAGUUUUGAAAGUAAUAGUUUUGAGCAGUUCUGCAUCAACUUUACCAAUGAAAAACUACAGCAACAUUUUAAUCAGCAUGUUUUCAAGAUGGAGCAGGAGGAAUACAAGAAAGAAGAGAUUGACUGGAACUACAUAGAAUUUAUUGAUAACCAAGAUGUCCUGGAUCUUAUUGAGAAGAAACCUGGAGGGAUCAUUGCUCUUCUUGAUGAGGCCUGUAUGUUCCCUAAGUCGACACAUGAAACAUUUUCAGAAAAACUUUAUCAGACAUUUAAAUCCCACAAACGUUUCAUUAAACCAAAAUUGUCACGCACCGAGUUUACAAUUGCUCAUUAUGCUGGAGAGGUUCAAUACCAGUCAGACCUGUUCUUGGAUAAAAACAAAGAUUACGUGGUUGCUGAGCAUCAAGAUCUGUUAACUGCAUCAAAAUGCCCAUUUGUAGCGACAUUAUUUCCUCCAGUACCUGAAGAGACAACCAAAUCUUCAAAUAAGUCCAAGUUUUCAUCCAUAGGUUCUCGGUUUAAGCUACAACUCCAACAAUUGAUGGAUACACUGAAUUCUACAGAACCUCAUUACAUUAGAUGCGUGAAGCCUAAUAAUCUUUUCAAGUCUUCAAUUUUUGAUAAUGCCAAUGUCAUGCAGCAACUCCGUUGCGGGGGUGUCUUAGAGGCCAUUAGAAUUAGUUGUUCUGGUUACCCUACACAUAAGACAUUUGAGGAGUUUCUUCAUCGGUUUGGUUUUCUUGCUCCUGAGGUCCUGGGAGAAAAUAAUGAUGAAAAAGUUGCAUGCCAAAAGAUUUUGGAGAAGAUGGGUAUUGCAGGGGCUCAGAUAGGACAAACUAAGGUCUUCCUGAGAGCUGGUCAGAUGGCUGAACUGGAUGCCCGUAGGGUACAAGAACUUGGUAAUGCAGCAAAUAUAGUACAAGCAGAGAUUAGAAGUGAUAUUGCUCGGAGACGCUUUGUUGCUCUACGUAACGCAGCAAUAUCUAUGCAAUCUGUAUGCAGAGUUGUCCUUGCUCGCAAAUUUUACAAGGAGAUGAGAAGGGAGUCAGCUGCUCUCAAAAUCCAGACCAAGGUGAGAGGACACCUAAGCAAGAAGAGCUACACUGGGCUCAAACAGUCGGUCAUUGUACUGCAAACAGGCAUGAGAACAAUGGCUGCCUGCAACUCGUUUAGGUAUAGAAAAAGAUGCAAAAAAGCAACUGUUAUUCAGUCCCACUGGCAUGGUCUUAGAGAUCUGUGUUACUACAAGAAGCUCAUAAAGGCAUCAACUGUGAUCCAAAGCGGAUGGAGGGGAAUGAUGGUCAGGAAAGAUUUUCGUAAACGGAAAAUGAGUUCAAGUGGUGAACUUCAAGAAGCAUAUGAUGAGCUUGAAAAACAAGUGGACGACUUGAGAUUACAAUUACGGAAUGAAAGACGUCUGAGGGCCGACUUGGAAGAGGUAAAGGGCCAGGAAAUAACAAAGUUGCGGCAGUCCUUGGAAGCUAUGCAUAAGAAAAUGGAAGGGACAAAUGCCCCAUUUACAGAACUCGAGGGGGAGGGUGCUCAAACACCAAUUGGAGAAGCCUCCUCAAUCAUCAGAGAAACCCAGGUUCCAGUUGAAGUUAGUGGGAAGGUUGAGGCGCUAACUUCAGAAGUGGAAAAAUUGAAGGGGAUGUUACAAUUUGAAAAAGAACGAGCUGAUAAUUUGGAAAAGCAGUAUGCUGAAGCCCUAGCAUCGGGAGAAGGGAAGCGUCUGAAGUUAGAAGAAACUGAAAGAAGAGUUCAUCAACUUCAGGAAUCCUUGAACAGGAUGAUAUACAGCAUGUCCGGUCAGUUUUCAGAGCUCAAAAUGAUUUUAUGUGCCUCAUCCAACUCGAGUUCACCUUCAGGGUUCCCUGCUAGAGAUGAUUUGGAUGAUGAUUCUUCUGCUUCCUCUGAUACCACAUCUGCUGACUCAGAUUUCACAUUCCCAGCCCCGACUUCAACUCCACCAAACUUUUCAUCUUUUAGUCCUGGUGCUUUCCAGCUCAUAGUCCAGGAUCUUUCAGCAGCUGAAACUUCAGGAACUGAGAAGUGGGAAAAUGACCGGGAGGGGGCAUUCGAUGACUUUUUCUGAUGGAAGUUGCUCUAUCAAUUUUAUGUCCAUCUUUGUCCUAGUUAGAAGUUAGUCCUCUAGAUUUAACAUUUUGAUAUUAUAGUAGGGACCUCCAUUUAACACAGAAUACCACUUACGUGUUGUACAGACACAUGUAUAUAAAAAAUGUAAACUUACAUUUAUAAAUUCUUAUUUUAACAACUUCAACAUGGAUAUGACACAGUGCUACUUAUUUUAUACACAUCAUUCUGUUUUCAAGUCCAAUUUACUUAUUAGUCAUUAGUUGACAUGACUAUAACUCUGAUUUGUUGAGAUGCCAUUGCCCUUUUCCAGAUAAUCAGAAAUUUAGAUAAUUACUUUCUUCCAUCAAUAAUAUUCUGUGUACAACUCCAGAAGCUGACUUCAAUAUACUUCAGCUAUCUUCUGAGUGGUGGUAAUAGUUUCCUUGUCAAGAUUCAUUAUCUUUAAAUGCUUAUUUCAUGCAGGAAACCUUGUAGUUGAUGUACUCUGUUCUUUUUAGGCUUCUCAUGGGGCCCUGCUGGAAAAGACUACUCUUAGGAGCAUUAAGAACUUCUUUCUUGGUGGCAUGCAUUUUUCCAGUGUAUAAAGUUGGAAGUAACAGAUACCUCUCUCUCUCUCUAUAUAUAUUUGUAAUAAGUUCAUCUUGGGUUCAACAUAUGCAAGGUUGAGAUUGUGGUAAUUAGUAUCAAAUCUAGUUCUUAGGUCACUUGAUGUUAGGAUUACUUUUCUUGUGUAUCCAUGUUUUGCUUCUGUAGUUAACGAAGUCCAUCAUAAUAACUCGCCCUCACAACCAAAUCACUCUCCUCUGAUGGUAAGACACAAGUCCACCUCCCUCAUCAGUACCACUGGAUGGCUUGCACAAGCAGCAACAUCUGAUUUUUUUACAUCAGCUUCUCAACAUCCAUUUCCUCAACCUCAGGACUCUAUAUGGGGUUUCAGAUCGGCAUCUUAGCACAGAAAAUGAAACAGCAGGAACUUAGUCUUCUCUACUUAUGCAACUUGGGACUUGCUUAUGUCUCAACUUAAUCAUAUAAGCUCCUCUUUGUACUUUUGCAUGAAUCCUGAUUCUUGAUUUUUUACAUGCUUUUUCUAAGCAAAGCACUACUACAGGUAACAUGAUCCAGUAUAUAUGAAAGAUUUAUCCCUGAUCUUUUGCUUCCUCUCGUACAAUUACUAUGAGGUUACAUGUUAGCUGCAUCCUUGACAUUCCAAACGGCCAAAAGCUGCCGAAUUCAGGCACACUUCAUUAAUUGCAGUUUAUGGGCUGACUCACACUCGGUCAGGAGCAACUAGAGUAUCACUUGCUACUUGAGGUUGCUGCCUGAAUUAUCUACAAAUGCUUCAGAUGAUGGCAUUUAUUUCAUGCUGAGAGAACAAGCAUUUUGAUAGAAUAUACUAAACUCUAGCCUUGCUACUGAGUUAACUGGUUAGAUGGAGCAAAUUUAUGGAACUAUCCGGAAUAGGUUGAGGAAAGAGUUCAACUCCACUGCUGGAUUGUGUGCAACCAGGUACAACGUGGAGGAAGGGAUUAAGCAAUUGAGAUCAGUUACGUUGUUAUCUUACAACCCCAAUCUUGUCAUUGUCCGUAACCAGCAAAAAAACCAUUACCCCCCAACAAAUUCCUAAGAGAUGUCGAACAUAUAUGUUCUUGUCCUGAACCCCCUUUUCUUGCAUCAUGAAGCACUCACUCAUAUAUAUAUAUCUUUAAAGAUUCAAGUGUUUGUCUUUUGAUCUUUCUGUCUUAACUACUACAAAUCCUUGUCCUUAUUAAUAGCUACGACGAGGGAGUUUAUAGUAUGUCUUGUCCUUUUGGAGUUU